AAACAUCAAUAUAUUUUCUUUUGAUUUCUAAGCCUUUACACAAAAUUUAAAAAAUUCUACAAAUAAAAUGAAAAUGCCUGCGGCAGCUUCAACGUUUAGGAAAUUGCAUGCAGCCGCCUCUAAACGUCUGACGCAUGUGCCCAGUUUUGAGGAGAACAUUGCGAUUAAGGAGCCACAUACGAUACUGCAACAAUGGCUGGCCGACGCACUGAAGCAUGCGCCGCAGAGCAAGCCACGGGUCGCAUGUCUGGCCACAGUAAAUAGAACAGGCAAGCCCUUGACAAGCUUAACGACAGUGGAGCAAAUUAGCGAUGCCGGCGUCACAUUCUACACAACUCUGGGCAGGAUUGAAAGCAAUGCGCCCGUCUCAUUGCAGUUCCACUGGCCAAUGCUGACGAGGAGUGUGCGAAUAGCCGGCCGGGCUCAUCGCUUGACAGAUGCCCAGGCCAUGGAACAGUUUCGCCGCUAUCCGCAACAUGUCCAGAAGAGCAUUUGUACGGGAAGGAGGGAAAGGCAUUUGGGAGGAGUCUAUAAAAAAAUCUCUUCAUGCCUGCGCUCUCUAUUCGCCCAAGAGGAGAAGCCGCAGUUAAUGCCCACUAAUUGGGGCGGCUAUUUAGUGGAGCCCAUAAUCUACGAGUUCGACGAAAUCAGUGGCGUCAGCCCCUGUACUGACUGCCUGCUCUUUCAUCGCGGCAGUCCGAAGAGCAUAAGGAAUCAUACUGUCAAUGAUAGUGCCUGGAUCUUUGAGAGUGUGCAGAAAAUUCACUAGAGCCGUAGCUGUCCUGAUUUGGGAACAUUUCUGCAGCUUCUAAUAACAUUAUAAAUUUUCACAAGUUGGCUUUGGAUGUUUCGAUUGACAAAUUAAAUUAUUGUAUUUUCAA